GUAUCACGUAAGUACACUCGAUAGAGCGCCGUGUAAGUGUUGGCGUUGUGCACCAGUGUGAUGUGCAAUGGCCAUCAUCAACAGUCAGUAAGACAGCUGAGAGAGUCAGUGUUUCCUGCAUCACGCGGCACACUCGCCGGCAGUCUGUGCAGUGGCAUUAAUUCAUCUUGACGGACUGUGCAGAAGUCACACAAUGGCCCCUAAAAUAACUGGUAUUGAGCCAUCCAGCCUUAAGGGACUGAACCCUGAGAACCCUGAAUUGUGUACACUGGAAGCCACGGUUGUUACUGGACUAGAAGAUGUUGCCGCAGAAGAAUGUAAAGAAAAACUGGGAAUUACGUGUGUGCAGGCAAGAGGCAGAAUAUUUAUUGAUGUGAAUAUUGCUGAUGUUACAAAGGUACUUUCAUUGCGCUCCAUUGACAAUGUCAACGUUGUACUCAGCAUGGUAAAAAAAUUUUCUUUUGAAGAUCAAAGGGAACGUUCUUUUGAGAAAUUGUACAAAUUUGCUGAGAAGCAAGACUGGAGAAAAGGAAUGCAAGUAUGGAAGGAUGUCGUCAGCUAUCCUGAGGAGCCCAUUAAAAAGGUAGUUCCUCUGAAGAAUGAAUAUUGUUGUCCCAGGCCAGAUGUUGAUCUUAAAAAGAUGAAAUUAUUAUCACCAGUUUUGAAGAAUUUACCUGAAAAUGUGGUGCCAGAGCAUUUACGAAAUGAUAAAGGAUUAUCUGUUGUGGAUGAUUCUUCUAAACAGAAAGAAAAAUCUGAAGAGCUACCAUCCACUGCUCCAACUGAAGCUGUUGCUAGUGGGCCAAAGUUUCGAGUUUCAUGCAGUCGGACAGGUUCUAACCACAAGUUUGGCAGUCCAGAGGCUGCUCGACAGUUUGGUGCCGGUGUGAAUGAAAUGUUCAUGUGGCCAGUAGACCUCACCAAUUUUGACUUAGAAAUCCUGCUCUGCAUUGACACAGAAUUUGUAUACGUUGCAGUCAGUCUCACCAGAGAGCCAUUGUUUAAGCGAAACCUCACUAACUUUGGCCGCACUAAUCUGCGGUCAACCGUCUGCCACAACAUGGUUCGGUUAGCAACUCCUCAGCUUGGGGAAGUGGUACUAGAUCCCAUGUGUGGAGGUGCAACCAUUCCAAUGGAGGGGUCUCUUACACACCGUCAAGCUUUCCAUCUUGGUGGAGACAACUAUGGCCAAGCAGUGAAGCGCAGCAGAGAAAAUAUAAACAACCUGCUGAAAAAGGGAAAAUCUAUGGCAGUUGAUGUUGCCUGGUGGGAUGCCACAAAGUUACCACUAAGAAAUCAGUGUGUGGAUGUAGUUGUGUCAGAUCUGCCAUUUGGGAAACGAAGUGGAAGUGUAGCUGACAAUCGUAUUCUUUACUACCGGUCUCUGGUAGAGUUGGCCCGGGUCACCAAAAUGAAGACAGGUCGGGCUGUUCUCCUCACAUAUGAUAAAAGAAGUAUGAUAAAGAAUAUUAAAAGGGUGCAUACUUUGUGGAAAAGUGGAGCAUCACGUACUGUGAACAUUGGUGGACUGCCAGCAGUGAUCUAUACUCUGUAUCGGACCUCACAACUUAGUUUGAGUGACUGCAACGAGGACUCCAAAGUUUCUGAGACCUGCACAGAUCAUGAUUUAGUAUAACCAGAAUAUCUCAAUGCAAAGGUAAAAACGAAAUGUUCAUCACUACAUCCAAUGUGGGUACUUCAUAGCACUUCUUACUUACAACAAUGUAUUAAACAAAUACAAUAUUUUCAUAAAGAUGGAGAUUUACUUUGUACUGUAUUUGUAUAUUUAUAGUAAUGAUAUGAAUAAAAAUUGCAUGGGUGGUUUGAAAUAAAUAUAAAAGUUUACUA